AUUUAGCGAAAGUACUUCAACGCGAAGAAACUGUAUGAUCCGAGGGAAGAAGACCCCCCAGAGGAGGCGGAGGAACACAAGGACACUGACUGGGCAGCUAUGGAGCUUGAUAUUCACCCCAACUUUGAGCGGUUUACAGUUAACCGUAGCUACAGCGUGGUGCACGUUCCAACUAACGUUUAUGAUAAAGCACCCGACAUCAUGAACGCCAUCCAUUGGUCCGAAAGUCUAACACAUAAGUUCAGUGAUAAUAUGGCCAAUGACCCCAACCUCUCCUGGCAAUAUUUUGGCAGUAGGAGCGGCUUCAUCCGCCUUUAUCCCGCGACCAAAUGGCCCCAGACAGAAGGUCCAGACUUGUACGAUUGUAGAAUCAGACACUGGUAUAUUAAAGCGGCAGCUUCUCCUAAAGACUUAGUGAUCUUAUUGGACACGAGCGGUUCCAUGACAGGGUUACGUAAGGAUAUUGCACGUGGUGUCGUCUACACCAUACUGGACACUCUAGAGGACAACGAUUUUGUUAACGUGCUAAAGUUUUCAGAAACAGUGGAGCCAGUCGUACCGUGUUUUAAUGGAACUCUGGUUCAAGCUAACAAGCAGAACAUUAGAGAGUUUCAUGAACAUUUAGAGGAUCUCGACACUCGUGAUAUUGCCAAUUUUAGCCAGGCUUUGAUCUCAGCCUUUGAACUUUUAAAAAAGUGCAACCUCACGAAAAAUGGCAGCCAGUGCAACCAAGCCUUGAUGUUGGUAACAGAUGGCGCCCCCUAUACGUUUGACGAAAUAUUUAACCACUAUAACUGGCCAAAUAUCUCGGUGCGUGUGUUCACUUACCUGAUUGGUAGAGAGGUGACUGAUAUACGAGAAGUUAAUUGGAUGGCCUGUGCUAACAGGGGGUACUACACUCACGUGGCGACGUUAGCUGAAGUGAGGGAACAAGUCGAGAAAUACAUCCCUGUAAUGAGUCGUCCCAUUGGACUCUCUAACCAGCAUCCAGUCACCUGGACUCCAGUCUCUGCUCCUCCCUCAAGUCCCCUGCUGUCCAACUGGCUGUGGGAAGAAAGGGAACAGGCAAAAAUAAAGAAGCUGCGGCUACGACAACGAGAACAGAGACAGAUGGAAGUUGGAGAGAUGGACAUGGUACGGGAUGGAGAAAUCAUCGGAGAAGAAAUUCAUCAGAUACCUUCGACGAUAGAAAUCAUCUUAAAACCCAAGAAGAGCAAGAACAUUCAGUUGUUCACCACGGUAGCGAUUCCGGCUUUCGACCCCCGAAACUACACUGUCAGAGAUACGAAGCUUCUGGGUGUGGCGGGGACAGAUGUACCCAUUAAAGAAAUCCUGAAACUUGUUCCAUCGUACAAGCUUGGUGUUAACGGCUACGCCUUCAUAAUCACCAACAAUGGUUAUGUGUUAUUCCAUCCGGACCUUAGACCUCUGUUUCAGGACAUGUUGAAACCUGGCUAUUCCAGCACUGACUUGCUGGAAGUGGAACUUGUUAAUAACAAUCUUCCUGCUCGAGAGCCUGACGAAGAUCUUCAAAUGUUAAGAAGAGAAAUGAUCAACAGAAACUUUGGAUCAAAACAAAUUAACGUGAAACUCCAUCAAGAUGGAAUGAGACGUGUUGUAACAAGAACUAACACCUACUAUUAUGGCCCAAUCAAAGGAACCCCGUUCUCUCUUGGUAUUGUGCUGCCAGAACCAUAUGGCCAGUACAGGGUUAACGGGCGUGUUUUGAUGAAAGUUGCCAAACCUGAGGAACGUAAUUGGGAAAAAUAUUUCCUCGGGAACAAUUGGAGAAUACACCCCACGUGGUAAGGGUUCAUUUUUGCAGUUUUUAAA